AUGCUUGCCACCACCACCAGCACGACAGAGUUGCGGGAUGAUAUCAAGACUCGAUGGUUCGCCUUCAAUGUAUAUGAACUAGACCAUGCUUCAAGAAAUACCACGCACCGAGCAUGGCAUUGUGAACAGGUCCUGGGUCUCGCUGUCAUUUGCGCUAAUCGCGUACACAACACCACUUGGAGUGUCUAUCCAAUGGGUGUCCACUGGAGGGCGACUUAUAUCGCGGUCCCUAUCGCGGGAUCGUGUAUAGCGACGAUCUUCUUUGCCUUGCGGUUAUGGAGUCGCUACUUGAUAUUCUGGAUCAUUCAGAAGUUCUGGCCUUUGUCUCAGCUAUGCGUGAAGGUGUCCAUUAUCAUCCUGUUGCGUCAACUCCUCGGCAUCUUUGGACGAAUACGCCUGGCUACUACCAUUCUUCUGGUCUUCACGGUCGCAUGGAGCAUCACAGCGAUUGUAGCCGAUACACUGCAGUGCCUACCAGUCCGGUACUUUUGGAUCAAGAGCAUUGACGGCUACUGCAUUUCCGGACAAGCAGCGCUGUUCAUCAGCGUCGGCGCACUUUCGCUCUUGGAGGAUAUAGUCCUGGUCGUGCUACCAGUGGCUGUCGUGUGGCGGCUAAAACUGGCUCGUCCACAGAAGAUCCAGAUAACGCUGCUGUUCUCGGCGGGUGUCAUAACAUGUGUCUUCAGUCUCCUGCGCCUGGUCGAGUUUCCCAACUACAAGACCGGGAACCUGACACAGAGCGGAACCCUCGAAACCAUCUACACACUCGUUGAACUUUUCCUCGCUAUCAUGUGUGCCUCCGUUGUUCUCAUGCGGCCCGCCGUGCAACUCUGUCUCCGGGGAUGCGGAUGUUUCCCCCGCCGCGGACCACAGGAGAAGCCAUCAUCUCCCUCGUCAGACUUUGCUCACCUGUUUCCAGAGUUUGUAUAUGGGACAAACUUCAAUACCCGUUCCCAGGAUGCGUAUUCGGAAGUCCGGGCACGGGCCUAUCGCACGCCUACGUUGGAAAUGAGCCAGAACCUAAGUGACCUCGCGGUGCAUGGGAUUGUCGUAGAGACGUCGAUAGACCGGGAUGUUCGGGAUCGAGAAGCCAUUCUGGCUACCAUUGGAGACAUGGGCUCAAUUGGACGGUCCACGUUUGGGGGGUCAGUUCGAACUGGAUCGGUUGGGUCGUUGCACAAGUGA